GCUACUAUCACUCUGGUAAAAAAAAACUUGUGCAUUUAUUUGUCAGUGAGCUCAACUCUGCUGUUUUUGUUGGUAGCUGCCAUUCUACUGUUCCAAAUAUUACUCCUUAUUGUGACCAUCUGUGCCUGUAUCACCUUCAGAAAGGCGGCCAAGAUUGUGGCUGCAGACAUGACUAAGAAACAGAUGGAGGAGAGGAAACGCAAACAGCAACAGAUGGAUGAGAGACGACAACAGCGGGAGAAAGAACAGCAAGCACAGAUGGAGAGAGAGCGUGAACGGGACAGACUGCGUGAACUAGAAGAGGAGAGAAGGCGUGAACAAGAGGAAGAGCGAAAACGUGAACAGGAAGAAGAAAGAAGGCGUGAACAGGAGAAAAAAGAACGGGAAGAAAAGGAAAAACAGGCUGAAAGAGAGCAGCAGGAAAAAGAUAAGAAAGAAAAAGAAGAAAAAGAAAAAGAAAACGAGGACAGAGAGCCGGAAGAAAAAGAAGCCGACAAGAAAAGCGACAAAGCGGAAGACAUUUAA